CUAAAAAUCAUGUCCAUAAAACUAUACGAUUUGAAGAAAACAAGAAGUCUCAAUGAUAGGAAUCCAUGGUCACCUAAUACUUGGAAGACGCGUUAUCUAUUGAAUAUCAAGGGAUUGGACUACUCAACAGAAUAUCUUCACUUUCUUGAAAUACCUGAAACUAUUGGAAAGCUUGUUCCAGAUACACCUAAAGCCACGGUGCCAUGUAUCACGGAUGUUGACGGCAUAACCAUUCAAGACUCACGAGUUAUAGCGUUGUAUUUGGAAGAAAAAUACCCUACUCCAUCGAUUUUUCAAGGGGGUCAAGGCAUCCAUUUCUUCUUUGAGGAUUGGUCUGCCGAGAAUAUUGGCCCCAAACCUUUCCUUGCAUCGCUUCCGGCGAUGUAUAGCAGUUUAGAUGAGGAAGCCCAAUUGCACCUCCGAAAAGGUCGAGAGUUCAUGUUUGCCACCUCUUUGGAAAACUUUGCGGGAAAUCCCAAAGAGCAUAUUUUAGCCUUGAACAAAGCACUCGAGCCGGUAGCAAAGAUUCUUUCCAAAUAUAGCUUUUUGACUGGAGAUCAGGUUGGUUGGUCUGACAUUGUACUUGCAAGUCAGCUUGUCUGUCUCAAGAAGACGCAUCCUGAUAUGCUUGCAGAGGAAGUGCUAGGCAGACACAUCCAUCUCAAAGCAUGGUGGGAACGUAUGGAGGAGUACGCUAACGAGGACAACUGAUGAAAUAUAGCUCCAAUCGCAUCUACACUAUCGAACGACUAGUGUUCGUCUCGUAUUACGCACACUAUAUAUACAUUCAGAAAAUAAGGAUCCGCAAUCAUCACAAGGCUGUAAUAAAGAAUGGAUAUGUCGAUUCUAUGCCGAAAGUUGCUUAUUUCGAACGAUACCAAAACAGACACUUGAUUGGCAUCAAG